AUGACCCACUACCACGGCACAACCGAAUGCAACUGUGACACCUGGCGGCGCGCCGAGCUCGUCGGCAUCGUGCUCGCCGCCGUGGCUGCCUACGUCGUGCUCCCGCCCUGGCUCCUGGUCGUAGCCGCAGCAGGGUACUGGAUCCAUCUUCUCCGCUCGAGGCGGGCCGCCGGCCCGUCCCCAGGCGAGGUGCUCGCCGCGCUCGCGCCGACCGAGCGCAAGGUGACGGCGUCGGCGUCGUCGCCAACAUCCCCCACCUCGCCCGUCGCCCUCCCGCCCGCCAUCACGCCCCUCACCGAGCCCGUGGGCGAAGACGAGUACCGCAUCACACCGUUCAUCUUCACCUCUGAGCCCGAGGAGCACGCCCACGGGCAUGAGCACGAUGAGGAUGCGGCCGCACCCCCCAGCACUCGCCGAGACACACCUCGCGACAUCAAGGCGGCGCUCCUGGCCCCCGCCAUCAUGAUCACCUCGGAGGAUGACGACGACACCGUCACCACCACCACCAUGAACGCAGCAGCCCUCUCGGACGCCAAGGCCGUAGACGCCAAGAUUGACAAGAUUCUCGGCGGCGAGCGUGGACCAAACAUCUCGCACGGGCGACGCAGGCGCAAGCUCAAGGCGCCUCCCGCAUACUCUGCCACGGCGAACAAGCUCGAGACGGUGCUCGAAGUCGACCACGGCGCCGACAACGACGACGAAUGUGUGUCGGACACGGAGCUCGACUAUGCUCAGCCUCCGCCGUACGCGCCGUCGCCGAUCCUCGGGCCAACCCUGGUGCCACCCACGGCGGGCCACCACCGCAGCCACAGCGCCGGUGAAGCCGACUUUGACGCAGCCGCCAAGGCCGCACUCCGUCUCGACGUCGAGCGCGAGAUUGAGCGUAUUGAGCGCCAGCGCCAGCUGGAGCGCGAACGUGCGCGCGAGCUGGAACGCGAGCAGCGCAACGUCGACCCGCUUGUCGCUGCCGAACUGCUCGCUGAGAUCCAGCGUGCACGAGAGCUACACGCGGCGAGUGUACAGGCGUCGACUUCCACCUCGAGCCCCAAGCUCCGCCCGCGCUCCGACUCGGCGUCGUCGACGGCGACCCGCCGCCUGCCACGCACGCCGCUUGCGCGCCUCUCUCUUCCGGAUGACAGCGACACGUCGUCCGUGUUCAGCUUUGACCUCGACGCGCCAUACGACGGCCAGGUCGACGCAGACAUUGACGAGCUGCUCCUCUCCCCCGCGUCCAUGGUGUCGGGUUUUGAAGGCGAGAGCAGCAGCGCCGCCGCGCGCGCCAUCCUCCGUGCCAAGUCGGCCCGCUCGCGCAUCGCCAGCAUCCGCCGCAAGCGCACCGACUCGGGCGAGACGGCCGACUCGGAGGCCAGCAGCCCCAUGUCCCCGCAGGACCGCAAGGGUAAGGGCAGUGGUGGCCCGGGGACACCGGUGGACCGCAAGGGAAAAGGCAGAGCGAUCCCGUCGCUGCCGCCGAUGAGCUACGCGUUUGGCUCGCCGGUGGUUCUGCCCGCGACGCCGCGUUGGCGCGAGGGCAGAUCGGAGUGA